AUGGGAAUGCGGAAUAUACUCAAACUGGGGCCAAUUGGGGCGAGCUUCUGCGAGUCAGAUGAUUCGGGCAGAGGUCCACGACCGCAUCCCAGGAGUCAAGUCGAGCCAGAAGACCGUCUUUGGUUCCACACACACAACACUGCGGCUACUUUUCUCUCCGGUAUCCAUCUUAAAGCUAUUCUAAAAACAUUCCAAACUAAUUUGAGAACACGAAUCGAGGCGCUACGGAUCGAUCGUAGAUGGGACGAAAUACCAGACUUGUACCAAUUCAUCUACAAGACAUUGUUCCCCACGCAAGUCGAAGUUUUGUUUGGGACUUCCUUCCUUGCUUUAAACCCGAAUUUCCUUCAAGAUUUCAGGGAUUUUCACAAAGGCUUGGUAUAUUUGCUUCGGGGGUAUCCAAGCUGGCUGGUUCCGACCGCAUGCAGUGCUCGAGAGAGGUGUUUGGGGUCUAUAAAGAGGUGGCAUUUGUUCUUGAAAGAGCAGGAGGGUAAUGAAAACCCACCGCGCGAUGAAGAGAGGUCUCGAUUAUAUGGCAGCCGCUAUAUUAGAACCCUACAGAAAAAGUACGGAAGAAUGAAGCCUCUAGAUUUAGAUGCUGUUGCAAGUUCAGAGUUAGGAGUGAUAUGGGCCGCAAAUUCCAACAUUAUCACUGCCACUUUCUGGUACAUCAUCGAACUCGCCAAAGACCCCCGUCUUCUCUCGAGAAUUCAUGCCGAGGUUGGGGCUUCAUUGUCUCAAACUAAUGACUCAAGGAGCACGAUAGAUACCGACAGACUCUGUACACGCCCUUUUAUUCAGUCCGCCUACGCGGAAGUGCUCCGACUUCACACCUACAAUUUCCUUCUAACCACAUCUGAGCACAGUGACUUCAAUUUCCGAGGAUGGAAAAUCCCCAAGGACCAGAUGGUUGGGAUAUCUAGCCACACCGCUCACAUGGACAACAAAGCAUGGAAUACGGGCCUUGUUGACGGAAAGGCCCCUGUUGAAACAUUCUGGGCCGAGCGAUUCCUCAUCUAUGAGGGCAGUGCACGUAGUAAACCGUUGAAAAUGGAACACUUUAAGCGCAGAAACACCCAGAGGCACUCGACUCACGAUCUUCACAGUUUUUCUAACAGCUCCUUCGCGUCAGAAGAGAAUUAUUCCUCAGAAGAGUCUCCCAGAUUUUGCCUGGACGAGCUGAGCGGCAUUUGGAUCCCAUUCGGGGGGGGCUACAGCCUCUGUCCAGGACGCCAUGUUGCCAAAGCAGAGAUCUUACUGGCAGUGGCGCUUGUUAGUACCGCAUUCGAGUUCGAGGUGUUGGAUCAAUUGAGUCUAAAGGACAGAUUCAUGAGCAGAUUCGUGAGUAUCAAAGACAAAGGCCUGCAGCAUGACAUGAGAUAUUUUGGAAUGGGCGUCCUGCCUCCCAAAGACAAGGUGGCUGCGAGAAUCCGAAGACGAGUUGAAAGAGAUUAG